GUAUUUAAUGCUAUUGACACUCGUUGAUAUGUAGGGUUAGUGAUGGCCUUACAACUGUGUACAACUGAGUUCAUUUCGCCGUCAAUUCGCAUCAAUUUUUUAAUCUUCGGAUGGAGAGAUCACGAGACACCAACAACAUCGACAAGGACUACUUUUCUCCACAAAGCCAUCAGUGUCAGUUUCGUCCUCUUGCUGUUUGUCCAUAUAAUAUGACAGUAGAUUUUUUUUUUUCAAAAUCUGACCAUAUCUUUACUCCCAAUGUUCUAUAAUAUAAUCAAAUUCAGCAUAAUUUCUCCUUCAUUAUUGGCCUUUUUAAUUAAUUCAAGAUAGCCGUCUGAUUUUGUCGAUUUGGUGAGCUAGAACGUGACUUGUCAUACUUGCCACAUUACGCUGAUCUUUCAGAUUCCCUUUUCGUCAGAUAAUUGUAUGAUCCAAACUAAUGAAGACAAGCUUAAUUGAGAGAAAUUCCCCCAAUUCGUGGACAAACAGAGUCACAAUGGCAGAGGAAACGAAAAUUAACGCGAUCAACCAUCACCACCUGAUCGACAUCUCACCGGAGUUGGGUGGCGCGACCGCCAUCGAUGGCCCAAAGGAGAUGAAGGAGUUGGGCAUCGUCGAUGGCGCAGUGGAGAUGAAGGAAUUGGGCGUCGCUGCCGCCGUCCAUGGCGCAGGGGAGAUGAAGGAGUUGGGCGGCACGGCCUCCAUCGAUGGCGCCGCGGACAAGAAGGAGCUGGGCGGCGCGGUCGCCGGCGCCGGCGGCGCAGCGGAGACAAAGUGGCUGCGCAAGCUGACGUCGUCGAGCGUCAACACCGCCGUGCUGAGAGACCUCAUCGCGCGGACGCCCAUGCUGUGGUACCUCGGCGAGCGCUCCGGCACCAUCCUCCGGCCGCGCUCCCGGCGCGCCGGCGUCGACGCUCUGCACGCGGUGCGCGCCGUGGCCAUCGGCCCGUUCCACCGUCGUGACCACUGGCUCCCCUUCCCCGACGACGCCAAGCUGCCGUUCCUGCGCUACCUGCAGGACCAGUGCGGCCUCGACGUCGAACACUACGUCGCGGCGCUCGCCGACGAGAGCGACCGCCUCCGCGAUGAGUUCGCCGACGACGACGUCGGGGACGAUGUCGCCGCGGAGAUACUUGGGGACGAGGAGAAGUUCCUGCAGAUGGUUCUUCUUGACAGCUGCUUCAUCCUCGUGGUCAGCAUGAUGCUCAGCAAGGUCUGCACCGACGGCGACAAGGCCAGCUGCGUGUCGCGGGCGGCGUCCAUCAGCCGGGAGUACUUCAUACUUCACAUGGCCGUGUCGCAGCACGCCGAGGACAUCAAGCUGGACAUGCUGGUGCUCGAGAACCAGGUACCCUUCGCCGCCGUCAAGCUGCUUGCCGCCUCGUGCAGCAAGCUCAAGCUCCUGCGCCCCGUCGAAGAGCUCGUGCUCGGCUGCUUCGACGACAUCUUGCCGAAGCGAGCGAGCCCCGCCGCCGGCGACACCGAGCCGUUCCAGCACGUGCUACACCUCUUUCACUGGUCGCGCGUGCCGACGAGCAAGUACUGCAUCCUGUCGACGCCACGGAAGCUUCUCAAGAUCAAGAAGGAGUCGGAGCGGCUGUUCCCGAGCUCCAUGGAGCUCUGCCGGUCGGCGGUGUGGUUCCGGAGCGCGGCGGCGAGCUGCGGCGACCUCGACAUGUGGUUCUGGGGCCGGACGGCGAGCCCCGUGGCGGUGAUGACCAUCCCCUGCCUCGACGUGCACGAGUACAGCGCCACCGUGCUGCACAACAUGAUCGCCUUCGAGAAGCACUUCCACUGGGCGCACGGCGCGUGCGUGACGGCUCACGUGGCGAGGAUGGAGGGCCUCGUCCGGUGCCCGCAGGACGCGGCGUUCCUCCGGCGGCGAGGCGUGCUGUCGAGCAUGCGCAAGACGGACGCGGAGCUGGUGGCCUUCUUCCGCGAGCUCGGGGAGGAGACCGUCGGCGCGCGCCUCCCCGACGAGUACGCGGAGAUGGUGGAUGCCGUGGCGUGCCACCGGAGCAGGAAGGUGAGCUGGUGGUGUGGCGGCUUUGUGCUUCACUUUUUCCCGUCGCCAUGGGUGGUCGUGUCGCUCGUGGCGGCUGCGGCGGUCAUCGUUGUGCCAUCGCUGCUGCAGACAGUCUAUACUAUUCUUAGCUACGUGAAAACUACCUAGGUUAUGCCGAAAUAAGUGUACAAUUUCCAACCUCUAUCCCAAAAAUUAUACGGGAUUUUGCCCAUGUAAGGGCACCCGCAAUGGUAAAGUAAGGUGCUCUCUAUAAAAUAUGUACAUCUCAGCAAUAGAUUAGAUUAAUAGUAAACCAUCUCAAUAGUAUGUCUA